UCAAAAUGGACAGUCCAGCUUUCACCUAGUUUCUCCCAAGGACAGGAGUGCCUCCGGCCAAUCAGCUCUUAGGGUUCAUGGAGUCGCCAUUCACCAAUCUGGAAGUGGCCUUCAUCUUGCUGGCUUUUGUUGUCUUCUCCCUAUUCACUCUGGCUUCCAUCUACAGUGAUCCAGAGAAGACAAAUGCAGAGAAAGAAGGGGGACAGGAGGAAAAGGAAAAAGAAAGAAGAAAAAGAGAGAGGAAAAAAUACAAAGAAAAAGAGAGAAAAUGACACUCCUUAUUUGUGCAGUCAGGAUCACUAUUCUAUUAUCACACAAAUUUAUUUUGUCUUCUCGCUUCUCAAACAAUAAUAAUGUCCCCACACUUUUCCUUUUUUACCCAUUUCAAAAAUUUGAACAGAACAAGUACAAUAAGUGUUCAAUAAAUUUCUCAUCAAUACAUAUUGAUU